AUGUGGCUUUUCUCACGAAGUAAUGACACUAGCGCUGAAGCGGGAAUAAUUUCAUCACUUCCAAAUGCGGCUGAUGCGCACACUGUGACGCAAAAGAAUAUGAAAACUGAAGGCCAUGAGGAUCACGCCGUGUCCACGUCGUUGAUUGACCGCUCCAAAAUAAAUCAGUUAGCCGUCACUAAAGGUGAUGGACGUGUUUCGUUUUUUGAUACGGACUCGAUUGAUUGCAUCGUAAAACACUACGACAAGGAAAUGACUGUCGCUGACCAGAAGAUAAAGCAAAAACAACAAAAGAAAGAAAGGAAAAUGCUGAAUCUUUAUGAUUACGAGGGUGACCGACGUUACAACCAGUGGCUUGCGGACCAGGAGCGUGUUCGUGAGAACCUCAAGCUGCACUGGUUGGAUUUCGCGAUUGACAGACCAAUGCUUUGUUUUAAGUAUUUAACUCGCGUGGGAACGACGGCCGGUCUCUUCUACGGCUUAGGGCGCUCCGUUUUCCUUUAUCGAACAAUGGACAAGAUGUACGCCAAGCUCCAUGGUGUUAGCUUUUCAAAUAUUGCUCUGUACGAGGUAAGUCUUGCUGUCAUCAAGGGAACUGUUGUGUCAGCGGCAGGGGUUGUGGGUGUCGUUGUCGGUGAAUCUGCAACGAAUAUAGCGACUACAGUUAUUACUGGCGAUAUUUCUGCUCCGGAGAGGACAUGGGUGAAUGUGUGCGUCUGCGGAACAUCGUGCGGUCUUUUUAGUGGAGCGGCAUUUGCAGCACUUCACGCAUCCACACUGACAUCGUGGGGGAUGGCAGCCGCUGCAACUGCCAUGACUGUAACUGGUUCCAUUGGUGGCUUUGGUUUGGGAUUCUACUCAUAUAAACCGUACGCAGCAACCCGGGAAAAGCGUAUAAAUGACCCGUACUGGCGACCAUGGUACCAGAGGCGCAUCGCCGACAGCGGUGGUGCGUACAUGCGUGGAAGGUACUCGUGA